GGGUGUUAAGGAAACGUGGCCUUUCAGACGGUUGUCAGGGAGGGAACAUGGCGGGAGUUGAGGGCCCGGUGAUGAACGACAGCGCCGUCAAUGUCACUCUCAACGACACCGAGGCGGCGGUGGCCGCCAACGCCAGCGCCAAGUUCGUGGCGACUCCCGAGGGGACGGCCGUCGCCUACGGGAGCCUGGUGGUCAUGGCGCUGCUGCCCAUCUUCUUCGGGGCCCUGCGGUCGGUGAACUGCGCGAAGGCCAAGAAUUCCAGUGAUAUGCCAGAGACCAUUACAAGUCGAGAUGCAGCCAGAUUUCCCAUCAUUGCCAGCUGCACACUCUUUGGCCUUUAUCUUUUUUUCAAAAUAUUUUCGCAAGAGUACAUCAAUUUGCUCCUAUCCAUGUAUUUUUUCAUACUUGGUAUAUUGGCUUUGUCUCACACUUUGAGUCCAGCUAUGAAUAAAGUAUUUCCUGCAAGCCUACCAAACAAACAGUACCAGCUGCUUUUUACUCAGGGAACAGGGGAAACCAAGGAGGAAAUCGUCAACUAUGAAUUUGAUACCAAAGAUCUUGUCUGUUUGGGUUUUAGCAGUGUGAUUGGAGUCUGGUACUUACUGAAAAAGCAUUGGAUUGCCAACAAUUUGUUUGGAUUAGCAUUUGCUCUCAAUGGUGUUGAGCUGCUCCAUCUCAACAAUGUGAGCACAGGGUGCAUUCUCCUUGGUGGGCUUUUUAUCUAUGAUGUAUUCUGGGUGUUUGGCACGAAUGUCAUGGUAACUGUUGCCAAAUCAUUUGAGGCACCAAUUAAAUUGGUGUUUCCUCAAGAUCUUCUUGAGAAAGGACUUGCAGCCAAUAAUUUUGCAAUGCUUGGCUUGGGGGAUAUCGUCAUUCCAGGCAUCUUCAUUGCCCUUCUGCUUCGUUUUGAUGUGAGUUUGAAGAAGAAUAGUCGAACGUACUUCUACACCAGCUUCUUGGCUUACGUCUUUGGUCUUGGACUUACCAUAUAUAUAAUGCACACUUUCAAGCAUGCACAACCUGCUCUACUGUACUUGGUACCUGCUUGCAUUGGAUUCCCAGUCAUUGUUGCUGUGGUUAAAGGAGAACUUACUGACAUGUUCAGCUACGAGUCUUCAGCUGAGGUCUUGCCACACACGCCAAGGCUCACCCAUUUCCCCACAGUCUCGGGCUCCCCUGCUAGUCUGGCCAACUCUAUGCAGCAAAAGCCUAACUCCCCCCGCCGCAGGCGGACGAACCCAAGCCCCAUGUAGUCCUGUGAGAGGGCUUGUGGAGCAGCAACGGGUCAGGUACGAAGAAAAGGCUGACCUUCCUGACAAAGCAACUUUGGAUGAAACCAAGGGUGACCAGAAGGAAAACAAGAAGGAGCAGUAAUGGGAUGUGCCAUAGAGCAAUCGAUCUUCUGUUUGAAAAGGAAAAAAACAUUCCCAGCUGCCUGUUCCAUGUUCAUUUUGUGCGGAUGCCUAAUUGUAAUGACGUGGUCAUGUGUGUCUUGCGUCCCUGGCUAUUAAUGGGGAAAAAAGUAUUUCAUUACAUCAUGCUAUGAUGCUAGUUACUCAGUUCUGCUUGGUGUUUUCUAUGAAUGUGCCAAUUGAUUGUUUUUAAAAAGAAACCUGAGGGGUUGCACCAGUGCCUAUCUGUAAUCUUUUAAUUUAUUUUGAAUGGAUUAAAGUGAUCAUGACACUUUGAAUUCAAAGGCACCAAUACUUUUGUUUUCACAAACAAAUGCAGAAAACUGAAUUUUUAGACAGGUGUUCACCUACUUCAUGUUAUAAAAUUUGUAUUUAUUUAAAGAAAUAAAUACCUCGGCUGUUUUUUUUACAUGACUGCUUUCACUUAUAGACUCCUGUGUGUUUUUAAAAAGGGGGGGCUUAGAGUUUAAUGGACAGGCUUUUUUUAAACACUGACUAUUGACAAUAGAUACAACUUGCAAACUUGCACGUAUGCCACACCUGAAACACUGAUGAAAUUUAAUUAGAAAAUAAAAAUUGUCUGUUGUAACCUACUGAAAUUUUGUAUAUAUUCGAUAUGCUGGAACUACUUUUAAUUAAUGAACCAUUUUUUUUUCCUGCAUUUGUUUGUAAAACCAAGAUAAUCCGAACUACUUUAUAAUAGCAGCACGUAGACGCACAGAGUAAUCGCCACUUAAAUCCUUUUUUAGCUUUGAUUUUCAUAGAGCUUAAACAUCGCUGCUAUUAAUGUUAUACAGGCUGUCUCCAGGUUACGAAUGCCAAACUUGUGGACACCCCUACAUGUGAACAGGCUCUCAUAAUAUUAAAUUCAAAAGUCUGACAUAUGAACAUGUUUGUUCCUUGGUACAGCCAAACUAGUUUCCUCUCUUUCCACUUUUAGUAAUUGUUCUUAUCAGUCUUAUGUGCUUUUGAUACCAUUCAUUACAAUAAUAUGGAGAUAUGGUUACCAUGUUGUGUGAUUUUUGUAUAUUUUCCAACUUAUUGACAAAAAUUGACUUAUGGAUGUCUGUAUUUUAAAAACAAAAUGUGGAACUUGUUCAUUACCUGGGAACUCCCUGUAUGGCAGCUGAGAGCAAAUAUCAUGUCUGUAUAACUCUGUUUGUAGCUUUGUGAAGGGACCAGUGUGUGAUUAAGUAGUUGUAUUAACUACUUUGUUUUAUUUUUAGCCCUUUCUUUUCCACACUUUCCCAGUGACUGAUUAUAUACCCUCCACUGCCUCACCCAAAUUAUUGUUCCAGUGAGCCAGGCAGCUGAGAACUGAGGGGUUGGGUGGGGGAAGAGGGUCAAAGGACCUGAUAAUCAUCCAUCUUCCCAGGUUCACCCUGGUUCUUAACAACAAUCGCCUUUUGGGGGGGUGGAGAUGAAACAGACCGAAGUGUUCAGACUAAUGAACUCAACCAAGCAUCAAACAUUUUGUCCUAGUCCUUUCAAGUCAGUAGUGUACCACACUAUUCUUUGACCAACUGGAAUGCCAGAAAUUUUCUUCUGGAUAGAUUACCAUGCCUCAGAUACUGCAGUCCAGAUUGCAACUGAAAUUUGUCUAAACUGGUUCAAAUAUGUUUAGUAUUUUCUCAAUAUAGGUUCACUUGUAGAUCAGAGCUUCUCUCCCUGAACUCACUUGGCUUUUUCUGGGCUAUUUCAUGCCAGUCUGCUACAAAAACAUAAAUAGAAACAGAAGUUGGCCAUAAAGCCCCUGGAGCCUGUUCUGCUUCUGCUAUUCAGUUAGAUUUUGAGGAACCACCACCUCAAAUGCACUUUCCCUUGUGAUCCAUAUAUUAUGCUCUUUUGAUCAAAAACCUGUAUUUCGAUGAAAAUUUAAAAAAAAAACUGCAAAUGCUGGAAAUCUGAAACAAAACCAAGAUGUUGAAAACACACAGGUCAGGCAGCAUCUGCGAAGAGAGAAACAGUUAACAUUUUGUAUCCAGGACCCUUCAAUGGAACUGAGAAAAAGGGAAAAACAAGUUAGUUUUCAGCAGUGGAAAAGGGGUGGCUAGAACAAGGGAAUAUCUUUGAUAGGGUGAGACCAAAUGGGUUAACUUGGCAGUUGGAAUAGUGGUUAGAAGCAGAUUAUGCUUUUUGUUUCUAUAAUGUGUUGUUAAUGGUCUUUGGGGCAUGCCCAGCAGGCCAGCAUAUACAAAUACAAAAAGUAAGCCAAAAUGAUGAUGGACAGACAUGGCCAGUUCUGAUCUAAAUGAAAAAGAAUCCAUUACUUAAUGUUGAAGAAUUCAAUACUGAGUCUGGAAGGCUGCAGCGUACCUAGGUGGAAGGUGAGGUAUUGUUCCUUAAGCUUUCAUUGGGUCGUUUUUUAACAGUGUAGAAAGCCACAGGCUUCAUUUCAGUCAUCUGUGCCUUGAAUAUACUCAACAUUCACAACCCACUGGGGUAAAAUCAGGAGCCUCCUGUAUAAAGAAAUUUCUCCCCAGAUCAAGGCUAAAUGACCAACCCAUGUUGAGGUUAUGCUCCCUAGUUCUAGAUUCUCAAGCUAGAGGGGCAACUCCUCAACAUCUACUCUGUCCUCAGAACCUUGCAUACUUCUCAGAUCCUCUCUCAUUUUUCUAAGUCCUAGGGUGUGUUAAAUCUCUGUUCUGACCACCACCCCUUCAUACCAGGAAUUAAUCACAUCCAGUGUUCUUGAAUACUUGGGUGGUUUUUGAAUGUAUAAGGAGACCUUGCAGUAUCAUGGGGAAUUUUGUUUCUGUUUGCCAACCAUUUGACUUUCCCUUGUAUUUCACCUCGUGUUCUUCGGUGAGGAAGUUGGAGUACAGCAAUGGCAAGUUGAGCUUUUAUGCUUGUUAUGUUCCUCCAGGUUAAGUAUUGGAGGCAAGAAUCCUCAGAAUUGGAGGACCUGUUAAUUGCUGUAAUAGAGCAGUGAAUAAUGUGGAGGUCAGUUCAGGUAUAAACUUAAAAUCCAACACAACCACUGCCAACCCAAGCCCAAGGAUUUCUGAUUUUUUUUUUGGUUCCACACAGUUCUCCUUGGUUUGUGUGGCCAGACUACAGAGAAGGCAUACAUCAAGUACUUUCUGAGCUGCCUGCAUUCCCCUGUCUAUAUACAACCAGUCAUCCCUGUUAUGUCCCACAGUACUGAGUCUUGGUGCAUUUAUUUUUAAAGAGCUGAUCCAGCUUGGAUAAUUUUUUAACACGUAUAGUAGAGCUGUGAUCUAGCAUCUUGGAUCUCGUAUAAUAAAGUCCUUAUGAUUCUGUAUUUUGCCUUAUGGCUUCUUUCCUUGCAGAUUUGAAAUCUGCACGCCCCAGUGUUGUCUUAAAUGUCUUAAACUUUGGUUUUGCAUUCAUUAGUAAAGAAUAUUGCAGUCUUGAUUAAAGAUUUAAGUACUAAAAAGUUUGAGUAGUGAUGUGUGGUCACCACGAUGCAAGAACAGAAAAGGACAAGUUUGCAGAACGUUAGAGUUUGAACAAUGGAACUGAUCCUUGAAAGUCAAAUUUUCAACUAAAUUAGAUUGUUGUGCUUUGGAUAUCCAAGGUACUUGGGGGUCUAUUUGGACAUGAUUUGAAUAAAUGGGAAAAACUGGAGAAGAGUAGGUUUUUAAGUAUUAAGUAUCACAUUCUAAAGUAUUGUCUCUGAAACCAGUUAAUGAAAUUUGAGACUUCAUAUGUCUGUUAACCCUGUAUCUCUCUCCAUAAGAAAGAUCAGCAAUCAUGGCUCUGAGCACUUACUGCCCAAUGAUUAAAGGAAUGCCAUUCCAGAAUGAUGGAAUGGGUCUCCAAAAUUUUUUUUUAAAGCACAAGUUCUAUUGCGUUUAACUUUUUGGGUUAACGGUGUUUUUUAAUAUAAAAUAUUUUAGGAUAAUGUUUUCAAAUCUUACAGUUAAUGGUAUAGUUUUUAUUAAGUAACCUUUCAUAACACAGUCUCUUCACAAUAUCAGAGUCCCAAAAUGUCUGCAGCUAUACUACUGCAACACUGGCAUCAAAAACAUUGUAGUAUCACUCACUGCUGAAUUUGGUACCCAUUGACCUUUGUUUGAUGCAGCCCACAGUAUAAUUAAUGGAAAAUAAUUCACUGCUACGGUAGUAGCAUAGCAGCUUGCGUGAAACCAGGCCAAAUUCAGCUCUGUUGCUUCCAGCCAGAAGGUGCGCAAGUCCGACGUUGGGUGCUUGGUCUUGGUUUCCUCAGUGCAGACAUUGCCCAACACUUGGAUGUUUUAAAGCAUUAGAAUAUAUAUCUGUAGCAAUUGGCCCAGGCAGAAGAUGGAGGAAUUUUUGUGGUGCAGCAGGGUGGUAUUAUUUUAUUGACUUCUGAAACUUGUUUAAAAACAUGAUGAAUAAAUGACUACGUGUUGUAUCUGAAGCUCUUGUGUGGUGCUGAUAGAAUCUUUUUAACUUUUUUUCCUCCAGGAGGAUGGGAAUCCUUUUCCUGAUCUGGUUCUUAAUCAGGAGAUCAGUCUUUGCAGUGUAUGUACAGUAUGGUUUGGAGGUUAGGUGUGGUUAAAAUAAAGAAAUGCCAUUAUUUCUGGUGAGAUGGGAUUUAAUUUUUAACUAGUUUUGCUCUUUGUUCAAGUUCUCAUAUGUUGUCUUAUCCUGUUCCCUCUCCCACCCCUCGUUCCUCUUGCUUUUUCAUUGUAGUAAAAAUUGACUCCUCUCAGGAGGACCGCUGAUUGAUUUGCAAUAAACUGUGGUGUGCACCACUCUCAAUACUCA